AGUCCUGGAAUCAGAAACACUUCCUGUUUCUAGACAGUCCUUUGAAAAACAAACCAAAAUUCCAUGCCUUUUAAUGGCAAUGACACGAUAGCUAAAUCAUGUAUGUACUACAUUGUUCUAGGCAAUUUGUCUCUCAGAUACUUUCACACAAUGUUCUUCGAGGGUAUACUGGUGUCGUUAGAGGUGCGUGUUUAAUUUCAAAAGCGCGACGCAGCACAACAUUUUUGUAUCGACGUUAUACAUGUCUUGCCUCUCAACAAUUGCAUCCACAUCUCUCUGCAUUUUACAACGGUAUUAGACGAUAUUACGCCGAUUUACAUAAUGAAGAGAAUGUUUUGAAGUCGGACAGCCCUGGCAAGCUUCUGGCACAACAAGAUGAAUAUGAGAUGCAGAGUGACUCAAGCCGAAGAAACCCGCAGGAGGACUUUAACAUCGCCGUGUUGGUGUCCCUGCUCCGCCAGGAGAAUGCAGCAGACAUCUGUGUCAUCAAGGUGCCUGAGGACAUCAAGUACACAGACUACUUCAUCGUUGUCAGCGGAUCCUCCUCAAGACACCUCCGUGCCAUGGCCCUCUACGCCAUUAAAGUGUACAAAUAUAUGAAGAAAGAUGGGGAUCCACAUGCCAAGAUUGAGGGAAAGGAUGCAGAAGACUGGAUGUGCAUUGACUUUGGAAAGAUGGUGGUCCACUUCAUGCUACCAGAGACCAGAGAGGUGUAUGAACUGGAGAAGCUGUGGACACUACGUUCUCUUGAUGAACAGUUGAGCUCCAUCCCUGUUGAGACGCUCCCAGAGGACUUCAUAUAUGGAGCCGAUGUCAAUGUCACCAAGUGACUCAACAAUUAAAGAACUGUUGAAACUG